CAAUCGAAAAUCCAUUCGUUAGUUCUGAGUUAAUGCCCUAAACAUUCGAAAAUCGAUUUGUUAAAAAAAUCGGCGCACCUGCAUCAAAGCAUCCUAAAAUGCAUUUGUUGUGGCGUGUGAGAACCGAUGCAGUUUCUUCGUAAUUUUUAAUCCAAGCCCUUCCAUACCCCGGCAUUUGGCGAGAUGCUUCAAACUAGUCGCUCUUCCUGUCUUGCUAUAAAAGCUCAGCGUACCAUCAUCAUUGUUCACAAUCGGAUAAAAACAAAGACGGAGAGUUCUAAUGCCAGGGUUUCGAGCACCAGAAAGUCUCCCCUUGAUCAUGGUCACGGCGCUGCUUGCGACCGUGGCAUCAAUUGUCGUCGGCGGUGGAUUUUUCGAGCCCUUCAACGUCACCUAUGAUCACAGGGCGCUUAUCAUCGGCGGCAAGCGACGGAUGCUCAUCUCCGCUGGAUUUCACUACCCGCGGGCGACUCCCGAGAUGUGGCCUGGUAUAAUUCUUAAGAGCAAGGAAGGAGGAGCUGAUGUAAUACAAACAUAUGUAUUUUGGAAUGGGCAUGAGCCUGUUAGAGGUCAGUACUAUUUUGAAGACAGAUAUGAUCUUGUUAAGUUUGUGAAGCUGGUUGGUUCAAGUGGACUUUACUUUCAUCUUCGCAUUGGUCCUUAUGCAUGUGCAGAGUGGAACUUUGGGGGUUUUCCAGUUUGGUUACGUGACAUAGAAGGUAUAGAGUUCCGAACUAACAACCGACCAUUCAAGGUUGAGAUGCAAAGAUUUGUUAGUAAAAUUGUGGAAAUGAUGAAAGAAGAAAAGCUUUUCUCUUGGCAAGGUGGUCCAAUCAUCCUAUUGCAGAUUGAGAAUGAAUAUGGUAAUGUUGAAGGCUCAUAUGGUGAGGGAGGUAAACAGUAUGUUAAAUGGGCUGCAGAAAUGGCACUUAGCCUAGGGGCUGGUGUUCCAUGGGUUAUGUGCAAGCAAACUGAUGCUCCUGAGACAGUUAUUGAUGCCUGUAAUGGAUUCUACUGUGAUGCCUUCAGGCCAAAUGCUUAUAAGAAGCCUAUGGUUUGGACCGAGGAUUGGAAUGGCUGGUAUGCAUCUUGGGGUGAAAGACUACCUCACAGGCCUGUUGAAGACAAUGCAUUUGCUGUUGCUCGUUUUUUCCAACGCGGGGGAAGUUAUAGUAAUUACUACAUGUUUUUUGGUGGAACAAACUUCGACAGAACAGCAGGUGGUCCUUUUCAAAUAACUAGUUAUGAUUAUGAUGCUCCGAUAGAUGAAUAUGGUUUGUUAUCUGAACCUAAAUGGGGGCAUUUGAAAGAUCUUCAUGCAGCAAUAAAACUUUGUGAACCAGCUUUAGUUACUGUUGAUCAUGAGCCCCAGUAUUUUAAACUGGGGCCAAUGCAAGAGGCACAUGUUUACUCCAGUGUUCUUCUAAAAAGGAAUGAAAAUUUACCAAAAAACUUGAACAUUUGCUCGGCAUUUCUUGCAAACAUUGAUGAGCACAAGUCGGUUGCAGUGAAAUUAUUUGGCAAAGACUAUACUUUACCUGCUUGGUCAGUUAUCAUAUUACCAGAUUGUAAGACUCCGGCUUUUAACACUGCUCAGGUAGGGUCCCAGAUUUCGAUUAAAAGCGCCCAUUCUCUAUCAUUUAGCAAUUCAAGCACAGCAGCAACUGGGAACCUUCUGCUUGCCACCGAAGAUUUUAGUCUGUCAAGUACAUGGAUGGCUUUUGAUGAACCAAUAGGCAUAUGGAGUAACAACUGUUUCACAGAGCACAAAUUUCUAGAGCAUCUUAAUGUUACAAAAGAUGUUUCUGAUUACUUGUGGUAUAUAACAAGAAUAAAUGUUUCUGGUGAGGACAUCACAUACUGGAAGGAAAAAGGCAUUCUUCCAACGCUUACAGUACAUAGCAUUCGAGAUGUAGCCAGAAUUUUUCUAAAUGGUCAGCUUAUAGGUGGUACUUAUGGAAGCUGGGUUAAGUUGGAGCAGAAGCUUCAACUGGUCGAGGGAUGCAAUGAAUUAGCUUUAUUAUCCGAGACUAUUGGCUUGAAGAAUUAUGGUGCUUUCAUAGAAAAGGAUGGAGCAGGAUUCAGGGGUCCAGUAAAGCUGAUUGGUUUUAAAGAUGGGGAAAUUGAUCUAUCUAGUUCUCCAUGGACCUACCAGGUAGGGUUAAAGGGAGAGUUCAAGAAGGUAUUUGCUCAAGUAGGACAAGAAAAGGUUGACUGGACUAUGUUGCAGCCUGAUAAGAUGAAAACGUCUUUUACAUGGUACAAGUCUUACUUUGAUAUACCUAUAGGAAAAUAUACAAUUGCUCUUGACCUUGGGAGCAUGGGGAAGGGCCAAGCUUGGAUAAAUGGCCAUGGACUUGGACGAUUCUGGUCCCUAGUUGCGCCUAGUCAUGGAUGCCCCCAAACUUGUAACUAUCGUGGUGCCUACAAUGAAAAGAAGUGCUUGACCAACUGUGGGAAACCAACCCAAACUUUGUAUCACAUUCCAAGAGAUUGGCUUAAAGCUUCUAACAACUUGCUCGUCAUAUUUGAGGAAAUAGGCGGGAAUCCAUUAGAUAUAAAAUUGAAGAAACAUUGGACUUCAACAAUCUGUGCACAAGUUUCAGAGACUCACUAUCCACCUCUUUCUUCCUGGCACAACCCAAAGCUUUAUUCUGGAAAUAUCUCACUUGAUAAAACCUCACCGGAAAUGUACUUGCACUGUGAUGAUGGAUAUACAAUCUCUUCCAUAACAUUUGCGAGCUUCGGAACCCCUAAUGGCGGCUGCCAAAAUUUCUCCGAGGGAAAAUGCCAUGCACAAAGCUCAUCAUCUGUCGUAUCUGAGGCUUGUUUGGGAAGAAACAGUUGCUAUAUUGCUGUUUCGAUCACAACUUUCAGCCCUGACCCAUGCAGAGGCACUGUCAAGACAUUAGCAGUCCAAGCUGAGUGCUCUCCACCUUCAGACUAUUACAUGCACUCUUCGUUCUGAGUACUCUAUGUAAAGCAUAUAUGAUGUUUGAAACAAACAGACAUUUGUAGCUUAUAUCAUGCUGCUCCAGGAGGGAUUAAAGACGCUGCUUAUGAUGCACAUUACUGUCGUGUCAAUUCGUCGCAUUAUUUUUCAUUAUUAAACUUUGCAAAGAAUUUCACUGCUGUCAUAAUUUGUCAUGUAAUCGAAUAUGUUGGUUCAUUAAGUAUUUGUUAAGAACAUGGCAACGACCAAUCAGGAUUGUGAGCAAAGUGACUCACUUGCAGCAUAAAGCCCGAAUGAAAUAAAAUAUAUUGAUCUCAACUUAAGGCUCAAAUCAAAUGGUUCGUUA